ACUGUCCGCAAAUACACGGUUAAGUCCGCAAUUUAUAGUUCUCUGGGUGUAGCAGUGGAAGGAUACACCAGUAUUGCAUAAAUACUUCGGCUUUUUGUUUUGCAUCACUCAGUCGCUUCCUGACGACUAGACGCAUACGUAGAGUUUCUGUAUUCAGCCAAAAAGGAACAUUUGUUUCGUAAAGAUGCAGAUCUUUGUGAAGACGCUGACUGGUAAGACCAUCACCCUGGAGGUGGAGCCCAGUGACACCAUUGAGAAUGUCAAAGCCAAGAUUCAAGAUAAAGAGGGUAUUCCACCUGACCAACAGCGUCUGAUCUUUGCUGGCAAGCAGCUGGAGGAUGGUCGCACCCUCUCUGACUACAACAUCCAGAAAGAAUCCACCCUCCAUCUUGUCCUGCGUCUCAGAGGAGGUAUGCAGAUCUUUGUGAAGACGCUGACUGGUAAGACCAUCACCCUGGAGGUGGAGCCCAGUGACACCAUUGAGAACGUCAAAGCCAAGAUUCAAGAUAAAGAGGGCAUUCCACCUGACCAACAGCGUCUGAUCUUUGCUGGCAAGCAACUGGAGGAUGGUCGCACCCUCUCUGACUACAACAUCCAGAAAGAAUCCACCCUCCAUCUUGUCCUGCGUCUCAGAGGAGGUAUGCAGAUCUUUGUGAAGACGUUGACUGGUAAGACCAUCACCCUGGAGGUGGAGCCCAGUGACACCAUUGAGAACGUCAAGGCCAAGAUUCAAGACAAAGAGGGCAUUCCACCUGACCAACAGCGUCUGAUCUUUGCUGGCAAGCAGCUGGAAGAUGGCCGCACCCUUUCCGACUAUAACAUCCAAAAGGAGUCCACCCUCCAUCUUGUUCUGCGUCUCCGUGGAGGCAACUGAUCUGCUCAGCUUCAGUUUUUAAAAAUGUCUGGAGACCAAUUCCAUGUUCCUGUUCCUCAUUAAGCAUUCAAUAAAGCUAAAGCAUUCCUCA